AUGGACUGGGAAAACCCAUUUUUAUUUCAAACCACAGCUUUGUACCAGCUGGCUGCCUUACCAUUUGCUGUCUUGUUUCGUUAUCUAUGCACCUCUAGGAAUCUAUCUAUAAAUUCAAGAUACGUUUUCCUCUUGGUAGGUGGUUUCAUCCUGGCUGGUGCUGCCAUGGGAUACUACGCCUGGCUGGUAUUUGCAUCUGCUUUCUGCUCUCUCACUGUAAUCCAUUCAGCUGACUUGCAGCAAGUCCACAAACGGGCAUUCUUCUUCCAGAUGACCUGGCAAACAUUGUGCCAUCUUUGGCUGCACUAUAAAGAAUAUUAUCUCCAAGAAACUGCAUGCCCCAGAUUUUUCAUUACCCUUUCUGCCCUCAUGUUGAUGACCCAGAAGGUCACCUCACUGGCUUUGGAUAUCCAUGAAAAAAAAGUGAGGAUCUGGUUGCCGGAUGCAGAGAAGGAAUCCCUUGGAUGGCAUCAUUUCCAGGCACUGCCAUUUUGUACCUAUCUGCUCUCUUUCCCUACCCUACUGGGUGGACCUUUGCGUUCUUUCAACCAAUUUCAGACAUGGAUAAAGUAUUCCAAAAGAACUUCAUCUUCCCAGUGCUACAUUUGGGCUGCUGCUCAAAAAGGCUUGGGCGCUCUGAUACUCAGCCUCCUGAAAAAUAUUGUCAAGGGAUACAUUUGCUCUCGGGCGGAUCUGACUGACUGCACUCACUUUGGCUGUAUUUAUGUCAUGUGGACUUCAGCCUUGGUCUUCAGGCUGACUUAUUACUCUAACUGGAUGGUUGAUGAGUCUCUCUUCAUUGCAGCUGGCUUGGGUUUGAAACUAGGCUGUGAUCACUGUAUGGGAACGGCUGAUGGAGCCCUUAUGGACACGGACAUUUGGACCCUCGAAACGACCAACAUGAUUGCUGUCUUCACCCGAACAUGGAACAAGAGUACAGCUCAAUGGCUGAGGAGGCUCAUAUUCCAGCGGAGCAAAUCACAUCCUCUGUUGGCUACUUUUGCCUUCUCCGCCUGGUGGCACGGCCUCCAUCCUGGUCAGGUCUUUGGGUUCUUGUGUUGGGCGGUUAUGGUGGAAGCUGACUACUGUUUUCAUCGCUUUUUCAGUUCGGUUGCAAAUUCACAGCCUCAGAAACUGGUGUAUCAAAGCCUGACCUGGUGUCACACACAGCUAGUUGUGGCAUACAUUAUAACUGCUGUCGAAAUGAGGGGUCUCUCAAUACUUUGGUGGCUAUCUUUUUCAUAUAAUAGUUUCUUUCCACUUGUCUACAUCAUUUCACUCCUCUUCUUAGCAAAGAAAAGAGUGCUCAGUUCGACUGACCCUCAUUUGCACACUUCCUGAUAUUAGAAAUACGUAUAUAUUUAUUUAAAAGAAUGAGGGUAAUCUAGACAGAUUUUAAAACUUUCAAUGCAUUCUGCAGAUGCGUUGUUGUUUUGUUGUUGUUGUUGUGUGCUU